GGAACUUUUCCGAGAAUCCCUAAAAACGGGCGUUAUCAAGUCACGCUAAGUCAUGGUGUCAAUCAAGUUCAUACUAAACCCCUGCAAGAGUUAAAUUCAUUGACUGAGAAACGAAAAAGAAGCGAGACUGGGAAAUUUAGCGUCACGUUUCUUUCAUGUUUCUUGCACGAUGGACUAAGAGAAAAGAGGGGAUGCUCAUAGUACAGACAGCCUUUGGACUCGUCUCGCAUUCUUCCACCAAGAUAGCCCCUUCCAGGCGUUCAGUUAGUUGGGACACAGUGCAAAAUUCAGCGGAGUGAAAUAAGGGAGAGAGACGCUUAGUGCGAGGAGCGAACGAACGUUAAGUUCUCUUCCCUUGCCGCGUAGGUUCGAUUUCCGCCGCUCUCUCGGGUUCGCGUGACUUUUCGCACCGCGCUUCUCCCCUAUUUUUUCGUGCGCCAUUUUGCGUGCGCCAAUUUUCGUGCGCCCCAACUAAGUGAAACGGCCCAGAAGAGACUACCCCCAAGAAGGGAGGAAGAUCUGUGAUUUUAAAAUUUCAGUUUUUUCCGGAGUAUAGUAACAGCUAAUCCUGGGAAGUGUGCCAUAGCCUUUCCUGUAAAUCAGUGCCGGAACACUCUGGUACCAAAAUACGCAUUAAUUUACAACCCUUAAAAGGUUUGACGAGCAUUCCCUACUGUCAAGGAGUCUCCCAGAAAAUUGGUAAUGGUAUUGCUCUGGACUCACUUCAAUUCUGCCGAUCUGAUUUGUUUUCUUGAUGUUAUUUUCCACAGACUCUCUUCUGACAGCGCCGCAAUUAUUCGAUGCUUGUCUGGAUCUGGGGUCGAUACAUCGUCUGCUUAAAGAACUAAACAAGGCGGAACAGUUGUAUCAGAAGGCCUGGGAAAUUGCUGUGUCCAUGAAGGAUUUUAAAAAAGAAACCUUAGCUAAGAUACAUCUUGCAGUCUGCCUUCUCGAUCGUGGAGAACUAAAAGAGGCCAUUAACACCUACUUUGAGCCGCUGAUGGUGUUUAAAACCGCCAUGAAAAAGCACACAAGAGCUCUUUAUCUACACUACUAUGGUGGUGCAUGCCGGUCUGCGGCAGACUGGGGCAGAGCUAAAGAGUAUCUCCGGGAGGCCCUGGAUCUAGCAAAAGAAGUGAAGGAUGUCGGGCUUGUGUCGAGCUGCUGUGGUGAGCUGGGUAAUGUUUUCAGAUCGGAAGGAAGAUACAAAGAUGCAGAGAGACUUCACACAAUUCAUCACAACUUCGCUUUGAACAGAGGAGAUGUUCAUGGCCUGGCAAUCUCCUGCGGUAAUAUCGGCUUCUUGAAGUUUUACAAUCCUGAGGAGUUUGACGAUUCUGUAAUGUACCAGUUCAUUGAAUACUCUCUUGCUGAACAAGUGGGUGAUUUUGCUCGCACGGGCAUCGCAUUCAACAAAAUUGGAAAGCUUUAUACAACAAUAGGCUACAACGAAGAAGCCGUUACCAUGUUUCAAAUUGCACUGAAUGUCUCUCGAAGGGCCAGCAACGUCGCAGGUGAAGGAAUGGCGUGGGGAAAUCUAGGCACAGUUUACAGAGCGUUGGAAAGAUUCGAAGACGCUAUCGCUUGCCAUAUAAAAUACAGAGACAAUGCUGAAAGACGGAUGGACAUCGGUGGAGUAGCCAUCAUGCAGCAUCAGUUAGCAAUGGAUUAUCUGCUGAGUGGAAAGCUACCAGAAGCAGAGAGAUCCAUUCUCAACGCGUUUGAAACCCUGGAAAAGAUCCGUGCACAGAUCGGCGAGGAAGACAAAUCAAAGCUGUCGAAUUUUGAGAAGAAUCAAGCCGAAGCAUACAACCUGUUACAAGUUGUUCUCGUCGCCCAACUGAAGUAUAAAGAGGCGUUAGUAUUGGCGGAUACCAGCCGAGGAAGAGCACUGGCCGAAAUUGUUCGUAAGCGAUUACACGGAGAUAAAUCCGCUGAAAAAGAAACGACUUCUCUGAAUGAAGAAUUUAUAGAAGAAUCCUUCAAUAACCUGCUGGAAGUCAGUCGUAAACUCAUCACAACGUUGGUUUUUUACUCCGUGGUGAAAGAAUUUGACGAGUCUGGAGCGUUCUACAGUUGGGUCUACGCAUGGGUAUUGUAUGGUUAUGGGUAUUUCACCUUGUAGUCCGUGUCUCGAAUCCCCUUCUCUAAAAUCUUGCAUCCACCUCAGAAGCUGAAUAUCUGCCGUCCCUUCCUGUCGCCUGUUGCAGAGGGAGGAAGCCACCAGAUGAGACUGCUGAAACUCAGGCUUCAGAGCAGUUCGAGUUUGGACGAGUUGAACAGUUGUAAAAACGGACAUUUCUAAACGGCUCUUACGGAUCAAAAGUAAACUCUCUCUUCCCUUUGCCUCUUACACAGACGUCUACCGUCAUGCACAGAGACCCAUUAAAUAAGGCACCUGGUGUUUGGCAAGUACGUUUAUAUGCAUCCACCUAAAAAGUGUGUCUUGCUCGUGUACGUGUCUCGCUCGUGUAUCAAUAUGUAGUCAAUCAUGUUGCCACUAUCUUCAAACUUUUAAGCAAUGACUUCUGCCUCUCUGUGUAGGUCUGUCACGCGCAUUUCUGGCGGCUGGCGCGGCUUGCGUGAUUGUCACGCUCUGGAAGAUUGACGACCGAUCCGCUUGUGAACUCAUGACAUACUUUUACCGAGAAUACAAGGCUUCCCGUGAUGCUGCGGUGUCGUUGCAGAAGGCCAUGAAGAUUCUUCAAGCAAAAGACAACACACGAAGUCCUCAGCAUUGGGCUGCAUUCUCAGUUGUCGGCGUUACUGGUGUUCAAAUCUUUCAGCACUAAGCUCCUCACUGAUUGUUGUAUGAGAAUUUAGAAGUGCAUCAUCACCAGUCAAAUUGACAGUGUAUUGAUAUCUUGAGAAAAGAUAAAAUUUAGCCUUGUUUGGUGCUUUAAGAGUUACAAGUAAGUGAACUCUUCGCAGAUAGAACGUAGUUUUCAUUGGGGAAUGCUUUACAGUAAUCUAUGGUAAAAUUGACGUACAACAAACAGAAAUCGACUUAUUCAGGUUUCUAACUAUUUACCCUCAAAAUUCCGGAAAUUUCGGUCAGAAUGUAAUUGCUAAGUCAAUUUUACCUCAACCGAGCGGAAGUUUCCGAAAUAUACGGAGCGUCUUGAAAGGUAGUCCAAAAUUUCUUGCGGCGAAAUAUCCGAAUGGAAAAUGUGCUUACUAUUUGCAAUCCUACACCAGUUCCAGCCGCCAUCUUGGAAUUAUGAUCUGGUUGAACUCAUCGUCGAGUUCUUUCCAGGGGUGGACACAGAGUAGUUCAAAUGAUUUCCAGAAAUCACUCGAAUGUUUC